AGUCGAGCACAGAUCACACUGAACACUCCGAAGACAGUAGAUCAUUUGUUCACUCGCAAGAAUUCUGCCUGUCUAGUGGAUCAGUCAAAGUCAGACCUAUUUUGGGGUGGAGCAUUCGGCUUCUAGCACUCAGGCAUGACCUCCUUGAUCAUCCGGAUCACUCCAAAGAAGUUGGUCUCAAACACUUUCUUCAUCUCAUCGAUGGGGAUGCUUUCUAUUGGACCCACCAGCCCGAUACCUGCGUUGUUGACUGGUCAGGAGGCGGACAACACAAACAGGAAUGAAGGAAUGGAGGGGAAGAAGAGGAGGUAAGGUCACAGAGAUCAAGGAUGGAAAUAAUGUCAAGGUGAAGUACACACAAACAUACCAAACCAUAACAAGAGUACAAAACCAUACUGUCAUUCAGUCAACACCUACUGAAGAUUAUCAACAUUCUCGUCAAGUCUCACCAUGUCUAUGUCUUUAUUUCUCAGUAAAAGCUAAAAAUAGCAGGGCAAAGUUAACUUUAGAAAGGCUUUCCUGGCACCUGAAUGGUCCUGUUUACAUGUGAGCAUUAGCUGCUCCAGAAUUAGCACUCAUUACAAACUACUUUUCCAGAAGUCAGAUUUUGUGCUUCACUCUUGUCUGCUUGCAGUUAUCCUCAGCGGGCAAAGGUUAAGUUGGAUUGAGUGGCAUAGAUCUGGACAAGCCCUGCUGAGGUCUGAAUCAUAGUAAUGCUGUUAUGGUGGCCACAAAAACCCUUCCUCAGAUGGUGAUGUUUGAGGAGUCGAGUUUUUUUUACAUGGCUUUCCUCUGACCUUUAGAUUAGUUAUUUAUGUUGGCAUUAUAAUUUAAUUUAAAUGUAACUGUCACACCUGAUCUAAUGAAGUAUUUUACUCAUUUGCAUAAUUCAUGCUUCCUUUACUGCAUAUGAUCCAUAUGAUUUAUAAUUCCAAGGAGUGUACGAUUUGACACAACACAGUAGCCUCUUUUGUGUUGGAAGGUUGUGUGUGAAAGUUGGAAGUGGUGCCAGAAGUUCUAAUGGAUGCAAGGGAUACUAAAGAAAUUGAUAAAAAUAUGUAUUUCUGCAUGUGGGAGGAAGAAAAUUAGCUUGUGGAUGUAGGCACAAUAGGACAAUCCUAAUUGUGUGUAUAGAUUGUGUCAGUGUGGGUUUGAGUAAUACUGUAGAUGAAACUUCAAAUUAUCAAACGCUUCCAACAAGAAAGUGUCACAGCAAAAGUUGAAUCACCAGAUGGGGUUGAUGGUUGGAUAACUUGAGGACGUGUUCACUCACCAUGGUAGCGCUGCUGCGGGUCCUUGGCCAGCAUCACAGCCAUCCUCAGCCCAAUCCCAGAGGAGCAGCCGGUGAUCAGCACCACUUUCUGUCCCGGCUUGGCCAUCUUACCUCUGUUUGUGCGAGAACGUGUUUUCGGAGCACGAUCAGCUGCAAGGGCUGUUCCCGAGUUCAGACCCGACGUAAGAGGAUGAACUGAUGUCACAUGGACGAGCCGCAGAGGCUAAACAAGAGUGGGAUUAUCUAACUGGAACGUGGUCGCUCACCCGGGAGGGUCCUCAUUCUUUCAGUUCACAUGAGUCAGAAAUACAAGAUGGAGAUAUACACACACAUAUACAUAUACAUAUAUAUAUAUAUAUAUAUGUAUAUGUAUAUGUGUGUGUGUAUAUAUAUAUAUAUAUAAUAUGAUUCAGUUUUUAAUUAAAUAUGAAUAACUGCUCUAGUGCUGGUGGAAUCACAGGAGUGCCAUAAGUAGGAAAUAUAUGUAUAACUAAACAAAUAAAUUGGUAAGAGUACAAAGAAAACAAGAUAUUUUUGACAAAGUAGCCACUAAUACAGGUCAUCUAAUCUAAAUGAUUGAAAUGAUUGAUGGAUAAAAUAUAGUUUUGUAAAAUCAUAAAAACUGUGCUAACAUUACGUGUCACCUAUCACGUUUUCUCAACCUAGUUAAUUUUUUAUUGAUAUAUUUUUCAUUAUUAUGACAAGUACAUAUUGUUUAUGAAAUGAUAUAGUUAAUACGUUUCACUUUAUCUUCAACUGAACUUGAUUAUGUGCUUCUAUUGCAAUCUGGGUUUCAUUUUUUGGCGUCAUAUUUACUGGAAUUUUACUGCUGCAUUUUACAUUUCGAAGACUGUUUACAAUGCGGCGUUAAGUCAAUCUGGCGCCAUCCAGCGGUCACUAUAGUUGAUGAACAUGGGGAGUUCCGCAAUCAUUCAGAUUUCACUCUCUUUCUCUCACACACAAGUUCAGACACACACUGGAAAAGUGUAGCUGCCAGUCAUAAGUUUAAGACCUACCAGGAGCAGGAGGAGCUGCUGAAAAUAUGCCUGGAAUUUUCUUUAAAAACUGACUGAAUGUGAGCCAAUGUGUGUUUCCAAAGCAGCAUUGUAACCAACACAGCUUCAUUUAUGUUUUUGAAAACCGGACACAUUUCUUGCUCCGAUAUCUGCUGCAGCAUCACAAUCGUCUGCGUUCCUGUUCUGAACUGUCCACGCAGUGAACAUGUCUUAAAUCAUGUUACAUCUGAAGCUUAUGCAAUUUGGCGUCAAUACAAACCCCCGGUGGGACCGUAAAAUAAUUUACAGUAGAAGUAAUCAGGUGAUCUCUCAGCAGCUGCUUUGCUGGUGACACACACAUAUAAGUAAACUGCACACCACUGACAUGUUUAAUGAGUGUCAUUUAUUUGUGUGUUGACUGGUAAGUGGAAGGUAUGGAACUGUCACUGUUGAUUGAAGAGUGUGUCCCUGUAAAGCUGCAGCAGUUGCGCUGAAGCAUCAUACAUGUGUGUGCAUGCACACAGCCCUUUCUCUGGAGGCGUCUUCAGCCCGUAAACCUACCUUAGUCCUUGGGAUUUCAGUGGCUUUCUCAUCAGAAAUAAAUGAUGGCAAGUGCUAAACAGCAUCGGGAGGAAGUCCAGGUUUUUAAUCGUGUCUAUAGGAAGUGUGUGUGUGGGGAGACGACAGGCAGCCUGAGGAAUCUUGAGCAGCAUAUUUUUAUUGGUCGGGCAUCAGUGUUGUCUUGUCCUAGCUUGCUUCGAGUGUGAGUGUGUUUCUGGUGAGUUCUAGAGGAGAUGCAGCACGCUUGCAUUGUUUGCUCUGCCUGAAUUGGCUUUUUUGACUUUGAAAAAUAUGGAUUUGUACUUGCAUCUCUGUGUUUAACACUGCUUAUUGUAACAUUUACCACGUAUGUGGAGUGAAAUGCGCUUUGUAAAUAAGGCAGUCAAAAGCACUCUGGGAUGAAGUUGGAGUCUUUAUUCUGACGAUGAUGAGGUGGUUCUAGUUCUUUGUUGCUGAUGGGUCUGGUUUUUGAAGGUGGACCCCACCUGGAGAAGAACGAGAAAUUCAGAAGAUUCCAGUGUUGACAUCAGAUACAUACUCAGUUAAAGGAAACGGAGUGAGAACGAUGCCUUGAGGCACCCCCUGUUACUCAACACCAUCUCAGAAUCACAGUUUUCCAUUAAUACGUUUCCCACUGGAGGCUGGGUCGUGGGAGCAGUCCGACUAAAAGAGGCCCAGACUUCCCUCAUCCCAGAGGCCUCCUCCAGCUCGUCCAAGGUUUUCCUUUGUCAUAGCAUCUUCCAUGGUCUUGUGGGUCUUGCCCUGGGCCUCUUCCCAUGUCAGUAGUGCACCUCACUUUUGAGGUGUCCGGGAACAUCCUGCUAGAAAUAAUGCUCUGCCUCUCCUAGCUCUUCUGCAUGUGGCUUUACAGUGGUUCUUCUUCCAGUUGGAUGAAAACCGAUGGAUGAUGGAUUGAUCUGACGUCUUGUUAUUUUGGGAAUAAACUAAGUGAAGUUAGCUAUCAUUUGGAGUGAGUUGAUUCAGGGUUGAGUGCACCUGUGUCAUUACCCUAAUAUCCUGUAAAUGAAGGUGGCUUCAAGCAACCCCGUCCUAAAUCAGCCAGACAGGUAGAUGCUGCUAAUGAUGGAGGAGGGCAGCAGGGGGAGGCCCUCCAGAGGGGAGGGAGAGAAAGUGAAGAAAAGUGAGGAGAGCUCUGAGUGAGUGACGAAGACUGUUUAAAGCUUCUGCAACGUUUUCCCCCCCUUUCUUUCCGUCUCUUCUUUUCCAUCCGUCCACGGAGAUCGUGGCCGCAGGUGUCGCGCCAGCAGCGGACCGUGAUGCUUAUGUUUUAGGUCCCAAGCGACCUAGUUCAUGCAGGCGCGCUCUUAACUGACCGGUCGACCGAGGAGAAGACCCGCGCUGCUGCCGCUCCAGGUGUCUCGUGACUGCAGGUGCGGCCGGGGGGAGAUAUCGAUCAUCGAUUCGGCGCGCUUCGGGAGAGGAUGGCUCGAUGGAGAGCCUGGACGGGCCUGCUGCUCCUGCUCGCCGCGGCGCUGCUCCACGUCACGACGGCAGCCAACCCCAUCGACGUCCUGAAGGUGCUGGAGCUGUCUGAGGACAUGGAAGGGGUGUCACUGGAGGCUGGUCUGUGCACGAGCCGGGCGGCUCGAGAAGAACCGGACCUUUCCUAUAAGAUUGACAAGAAGAUCCAACUGAGUGCACCGACCAAGCAGCUGUAUCCUGAUGCACCGUUUCCUGUGGAUUUCUCUGUGAUGACAACAGUGAGAGCUGUGAAGGGCUCGCAGGUCUUCCUCCUCUCCAUGUACGACCCCCAGGGUACACAGCAGCUGGGCAUUGAGAUCGGACGCUCUCCAGUCUUCCUGUAUGAGGACCACGAAGGGCAACCUACUCCUGAAAUGUACCCGACUUUCAGAAAAAUCAACCUGGCUGAUGGCAAGUGGCAUCGAGUAGCCUACAGUGUGGAGGGUCAGUCUGUCACUCUGUUCCUGGACUGCCUCAAGGUGGACACCCUGGACCUCCUGAGGGGUUCGGAGCCACAUCUCAGCACUGAGGGAGUGACCGUGUUUGGAACGCGCCUGCUCGAUGAAGGUGUAUUUGAGGGAGAGAUCCAGCAGCUGCUGAUCGUCGACGACCCCAGAGCUGCGGAGACCUACUGUCAGGACUACAUCCCAGACUGCGAAGCUGCUCUGCCAUAUGACAGCAUCCUGGUGGAGGCGGUGGAAGAGGAGAAGCCAGCCAAGAAACGCGUGGUGGAAGAAUUCGAGGAGUUUGACUACAGCGACUUGUACGACGAAGUGUCCGUCUCCACAGUGACGUCUGGUCCGAAUGUCACUGACUACGAGAUCAUAGAAUACGAGGACUACGACAAUGGCACAGCUUUUUACCACCCUGAGUAUGAGUAUGUGGAGGAGUAUGAUGAGAGAUACGGACCUGCGGCAAGAGAGCGACCCCACACCAUGAGCGCAGAGGAAAUACCUGAGAAAGGACAGAAAGGCGAGCCGGGAAUUUUGGGACCGGGAACUCAAGUCGUCGGACCUUACGGGCCCCCAGGACCUGCUGGAGAGUCAGGACCUCCUGGAAUAACUGGACCUGUGGGACCUCGAGGAGAUCCAGGAGAACCAGGUCCUCCUGGCCUGCCGGGUCUGAGUGGAGCUGAUGGGAUACAAGGUCCGCCGGGAAAUGUCAUGAUCAUUCCGUUUCAGUCUGGCGGGGACAAGAUGGGCACUGUGGUGUCAGCUCAAGAGGCUCAAGCUCAGGCCAUCCUGCAGCAAACCAAGAUGGCUAUGAAGGGACCACCAGGACCACUGGGACUGAGAGGUAGACCUGGACCACUGGGUGCCCCCGGACCCUCUGGGCUGAAGGGUUCCAGUGGAGACAACGGGCCGGCAGGUCCUCCUGGAUUACCCGGCAUCCCUGGUCCGAACGGCAGACCUGGAAAAAGGGGACGAGGAGGUGCUGAUGGAGGUCGGGGAGCUUUAGGAGAAACCGGUGCAAAGGGUGAUCGAGGUUUGGAUGGCUUACCUGGUCUACCUGGAGACAAGGGCCACAAAGGGGAACGAGGGAAACCUGGUCCUGCUGGUUCUCCCGGACAAGUGGGGGAAAAGGGAUCUGAAGGACCACCAGGACCAAGGGGACAGCCAGGAGAUGCUGGUUCCAGAGGCCUCACUGGCUCCCGGGGUCGCCCUGGACCACCCGGGCAGAUUGGUAUCCGUGGCAUUGAUGGGGUUCAAGGUUCAAAAGGAAAUAUCGGGCCUCCUGGAGACGUUGGAGCAGCUGGACAGCAAGGAAAUCCCGGAAUCCUGGGAUUUCCAGGUCCUCAGGGAUUAGUCGGGAUGCCAGGAGAGAAGGGGCCUCAAGGGAAGAAAGGAAUGCAGGGUCUACCUGGAAAUGACGGACCCCCGGGUCAUCCGGGGAGAGAAGGAACUCCUGGUGAAAAAGGAAUACCUGGUCCUCCAGGUGUGCAGGGGCCCGUUGGUUACCCAGGGCAACGUGGAGUCAAGGGAGCAGAUGGAGUGAGGGGGCUGAAGGGAAGUAAAGGCGAGAAGGGUGAGGAUGGUUUUCCUGGUGCUAAAGGCGAUAUGGGAGGCAAGGGAGACCUUGGUGAAAAUGGAGCCCCGGGCAGCCGGGGAGAAGACGGAGUCGAGGGACCCAAGGGACAAAUGGGUCCUCAAGGAGAACCUGGUUCUCCUGGAACUCCUGGAGAGAAGGGUAAACUUGGUAUUCCAGGCCUGCCUGGGUACCCGGGACGACUCGGGCCAAAGGGAUCUGAAGGAUUCCCGGGUCCAGUUGGAGGUCCAGGAGAGAAAGGAAAGAAGGGUCCGGCUGGACAACCAGGAAGUGCAGGACAGAGAGGCCCCAAUGGUGCUCGAGGAGCCCGGGGAGCACGAGGUCCUACUGGCAAAUCAGGAGAAAAGGGUGCUGCGGGACAAGAUGGACCUCCUGGUUCUGUCGGCGAGAGGGGACCUACUGGACCACAAGGACGGAAUGGAGAGCCAGGACCUAAAGGAUCAACAGGUCCCGCUGGGAAGGACGGACUCCCCGGUCAUCCUGGUCAACGAGGCGAGCCUGGCUUUCAAGGGAAGACUGGACCACCAGGACCCACCGGUGUCGUGGGACCGCAGGGGAAAUCAGGUGAACCAGGUCCAACAGGAGACCGAGGUCACCCUGGAGCCCCUGGUGUGCCAGGAGAGCACGGUUUACCUGGAACUGCUGGGAAAGAAGGAGGAAAAGGUGACCCAGGUUUCCCAGGCACCUCUGGCAAGAAUGGACCACCAGGACUGAAGGGAUUCAGGGGGAGCCGAGGAGCCCCGGGCAUCAUGGGACCUCCAGGCUUGAAAGGAGGAUCCGGCCCCGGUGGAACAGCAGGAGCAGUGGGUGCGUCAGGUGAGCGAGGCCCGCCUGGAGCUGCCGGUGCCAUUGGCCAGCCAGGACGAGUCGGUGCGAUCGGGGGUCCAGGACCAAUGGGAGAAAAGGGGGAGCCUGGUGAGAAAGGUCCAAUCGGACCAGCAGGUCAAGACGGAGAGCAGGGAACGGUCGGCUUGCCAGGAGUUACUGGUCCUUCAGGACCAGCAGGGGAUGAUGGUGACAAGGGAGAGCAGGGAGGACCUGGCCAGAAAGGAAGCAAAGGAGACAAAGGAGAAGCUGGACCCCCAGGCACUGGUGGCCCUCAAGGGCCUGUCGGUCAACCAGGACUCCCAGGUGUAGAUGGAGACCCCGGCCCUCGAGGCCAGCAGGGCAUGUACGGCCCCAAAGGGGACGAGGGACUGCGAGGCUUUAAGGGCUCCAGAGGACCAAUUGGUUUACAGGGGAUGCCGGGCAUGCCAGGAGAGAAAGGCGAGAGUGGACAUGUGGGACUCAUGGGUCCCCCUGGCCAGCAAGGACCCACUGGACCUCAAGGCCCCAUUGGUGGAUUGGGACCGACUGGAAGAGUUGGGAUGAUCGGGACUCCAGGUGGUGUCGGAGAAAAGGGGGAGGAUGGGGAAGCAGGGGACCCCGGGCCGGUGGGAUAUCCAGGGCCACAUGGUGGGAAGGGUGACCACGGGGAGAAGGGAGACACAGGCCUUCCAGGAGCAGCUGGACCCCCAGGAGCCAGAGGUCAGCCCGGUGAGGACGGACCUAAAGGCACAGCUGGCCCGAUCGGAAUCACCGGGGACAUCGGUCAGCAAGGAGAAACCGGACCUAACGGUGUUGAUGGUCCACCUGGUUCUAAAGGAGACACUGGAGAGCCUGGCAAAGCGGGACCACCAGGAGCAGCUGGUGAACCAGGCCCACCGGGACCCCCUGGAAGAAGAGGUCACCUGGGCAAACCUGGGAAAGAAGGGAAGGCAGGAGUGAAAGGAAUGAAAGGUGCACCCGGGCUGGAGGGGCCCAUUGGGAAGACAGGUCCUGUGGGCCCUCAGGGACACCCUGGAAAGUUCGGCCCUCAGGGUCUCAGAGGAAUUCCAGGGCCUGGAGGUGAGCAGGGUUUAAAUGGACCUCCCGGACAGACUGGACCACCCGGACCGAUGGGCCCACCGGGGCUGCCCGGACUUAAGGGUGACCACGGCAAGAAAGGAGACAAGGGACACGGAGGGCUGAUUGGUCUCAUCGGACCUCCGGGAGAUGGCGGAGAGAAGGGUGACAGGGGACCACCAGGGAACCAAGGUCUGCCAGGACCUAAGGGAGAAGAGGGUCCUGUCGGCCCAGCAGGACCGCCUGGACCUCCAGGCCCCGCAGGAUUUGCUGGCCCCAUCGGUGUGAAAGGAUCUAAAGGAAACCAGGGUCCCAUUGGUCCAAGGGGAGACACUGGACCAGCAGGCCCUCCUGGACCUCCAGGGCUGGCUGCGAUUGGCAUGUCGCCUCUGCCUGAGCAAGGCUUCAGAAGAGGACUUGAGGUCAUCGUGGACGGAGCCUCUCUAGAAGAAGAAGAGCGUGUAGAAGUUGUGGAGGACGAGUGGAUGCAGGGAGAUCAGCCUGUACCUGAUGGUUGGAUGAACGAGAAGAAGGAAGGUCAAGGUAUGGAGGAGGUCUUCGCCUCACUGUCCUCCAUGAAAGUGGAGGUGGAGGGUUUGAGGAAUCCUCUUGGGACGUAUAACAGCCCAGCGAGAACCUGCAAGGAGCUGUGGCUGCUUCACUCAGAUCUGCCCAACGGGGAGUACUGGAUCGAUCCGAACCAGGGCUGCCACAGAGACUCCUUCAAGGUCUUCUGUAACUUCACGGCGCAGGGCGAGACGUGUCUGCAGCCGGACAAGAAGUUUCAGUCGGUCAAGCUCGCGGGAUGGAAGGGGGAGAAGCCUGGAGGCUGGUACAGCGAGUUCCGGAAGGGGAAAAAGUUCUCCUACUCCGGGUCGGACGGCGUUCCCGUUCACGUCGUCCAGCUGAACUUCCUGAAGCUGAUGAGCGCCACCGCACGACAGACCUUCACCUACCACUGCCUCAACUCUGCCGCCUGGCUCAACGCCGCCACCCACAGCCACGCGCGAGCACUGCGCCUCAGAGGCAGUAACGGUGAAGAGCUGACGCACGAGAACACGCAUUACAUAAGCGCCGUGUACGACGGCUGUCAAUCACGCUCGGGACAGGAGAGGACCGUGUUGCAGAUCGACGCUCCGUUGUCCAACACACUUCCCAUCCUCGACGUGGCCGUGUCCGACUUCGGAAACGCUAACCAGAAGUUCGGUUUCCAAGUGGGGCCCGUUUGUUUCAACGGCUGAAGAGACUGUUAUUUAAGAGUACAAGGAGCCAAAGACACUUUCCACGAGCAGGGAGAAAACUAUAGUCGAGACUGGUGCUGCAUAUUUAUAAGUUGAUGCUGUUAUUUGUUUUUCAUUGAUCCUCGUUCACACACUGUCAUCCUCAAGUCUCUGCACUAACAUAAUCACAAACGUAUCAGGUCUGUUGUCAUCGAACCUCAACGUGUACUGUUUCUUCAAGCGCUGUCGAUUGUUGUUGUGAUGAUUAUCUGUAAUGUAUAGUGGAGUGGCGUUCAUCCCGGUGCUAACAUGGCUGCAGAGUUUAAUUUUAUAGAGGGACCUGGGGCAGUGAAUGUUUGAGUUUUGUAUUGAAAAUGUUUAUAUUUUUGACAUAAUAGCUGAUAAAA